AUGCUUCUUUUUAUGCUUCUUCUUGUCUGCUGUCUGCUGCUAUCUGUUGAACAGCUGGAAGAGCUUUUGCGAGCUGCAGGAAGAACCGCCUGGAACAAAGACAAGAAGAGUGAAGAGGGCAAGAAAAAAGGACGGCGGUUGCAGGCUGGCCGUGAGUGGAAGAAGCGAAGAAGAGAAGCAAAGAGGAAGAAGAAGAGAAAGGAAGAAGAGAACGGGAGAAGAAGAGAAGCUGAAGGUGUUGUUGUUGUUGUUCUUUUUUUUUUUUUUUUUCUGUGGUUGUUACUUUUUUUUUUGUCAAGUCAGAAAAAAGGCGAAAAAAAAAAGGAAAAAAAAAAAAAGCCUCUUGUCCUACUGCCAGGCUACUUUUAUUUUUUUGAUAAGAGGCGACAGCGAGGCGGAAGAAAGGAAGCAAUCAAAAAGGAGGAGCGUAGAGAGGGUAGACAAGGUAUCUCUGGAAUUUCAUUCAUGAACUGGACAGAUGACAAGAAACGAGGAAAAGCAGGACCAAGAAGAGAGCAUAGCCGAGGGGAGGGAAAAACAGCAGCAACAGAGAGGGAGGAGGGUUUGUUGGACGUAUCGACUGCCUCGUUGUAUCGUCGUCUCGUAAAGAAAGAAAAAAAAGAGGAAGAAGAAGAGCAGGAGAGAAGGAUGGCGGUCGACGGGCGUGGAGGGAGAUGGCACCACGUAGGUAGAGGGAAGUAUUAG